AUGGUUGGAGACCCUGGGACUGGAGGUGCCGAUUCUGGGGGUGCUGCUGCUGGUGACGUUGGUUCUGGUGGUGCUGCUGCUGGGGGUACCGGUUCUGCGACUGGAGCUGCUGGAGCUCCUGGAGCUGGAGCUGCUGGAGUUGCUGGAGACCCUGGGGCUGCUGGAGGUGCUGGAGCUGCUGGAGGCGCUGGAGCUGCUGGAGGUGCUGGAGCUGCUGGAGCUGCUGGUGCUGGUGCAGCUGCACCGACGCGACUGUUCUUCGCUCCGAGGUCUCCGUCGUCUCUGCCGCCGCCUGACUCUGCUCUUCGUCAGGUUGUUACUCUCCCGUCGUCUACUGGUCUUCCGCUACAGCCUGGCUCACCGCUGCCUGCUCCCUCUCCUUACACUGAGCAGACAGGUAGUCUUGCUGAGCGUCGUGAGCCUGCGUCGCGUCCAGUCUCGCCUGUUCGUUCUGGUCGUACUGGUCGUCGUGUUUCUCGUUCACGUCAGCCGACUGUCCCCGGCACACACCUUGUUGUCCGUCGUCCUUCCUCUGCUCUGCAGUCUGUUCCUCUGCCGUCUCCCCCUGCGUCCUCUCUGCCUAUCGUUCCGGACCCUGCGUCUGACCGGUUUCGUGCUGAGCACCCUACAGUUACGCGUCUGCUCGCCACUGUCGUCACUGACCCGUCGUUUGAGUCUGCUGCUGCGUCUGCCCUGGUCGCUGAGCUUGUUGACUUUGCUGCUGCUUGUCGUCUAGACUUUGCUGCCAGUCUUGUUGCUGAGUCUGUCUGUCCUCCGUCCGUCGGGGGUGAGUGUGCUCUUGGCACGGACGUUCUUGAGGACAGGCAGGAGGACCUUGAGUGUCUCGCAGCCGCUGCGCCCCAUCUCGUGGCCAUGCUGCUUGCCCCUAAGGGAGACCCGGAUGCACCAGACAUCCCGACCCCGCGCUCUUACGCUGAGGCGAUCGCGGGUGAGUACUCCUCUCAGUGGCAGACAGCCAUGGACGCAGAGAUGGCAUCCUGGAAGUCCACUGGCACUUACGUCGAUGAGGUUCCCCCUCCUGGGGCGAACAUCGUCGAUGGCAUGUGGAUUUUCAGGGUGAAGCGGCCGCCAGGUUCUCCGCCUGUCUUCAAGGCUCGUUACGUUGCUAGAGGAUUCAGUCAGCGAGAGGGAGUCCACUUAUUCCAGACCUUCUCCCCUACCCCGAAGAUGACUACUCUUCGGGUGCUGCUGCACGUUGCCGCUCAGCGUGACUACGAGCUUCACUCUCUUGACUUCAGCACAGCCUUCUUACAAGGCAGCCUGCACGAGGAGAUCUGGCUGCGCCGCCCUCCUGGCUUCACUGGGGCGUUCCCUCCUGGUACCCAGUGGAGCCUCCGGCGGCCAGUCUACGGUCUCCGCCAGGCGCCUCGUGAGUGGCACGAUACACUGAGGACUACACUUGCGGCUCUUGGGUUCGCUCCUUUGACUGCUGACCCGUUGCUGUUUCUGCGCACCGACACUUUGCUGCCGCCGUUCUGCAUCCUCGUGUACCUCGACGAUUGGUCUUUGCCACUGCUGACACUGAGGCUCUUGCCCUGGUGA